GGUGGUUUUGGUGGAUGGAAUCUAAUGCUGACCUUUCGUGUAUUACUCAAGAAUGAGUCCGUCGGUAAGGACAUGAUGAGGGACGCAGGGUUUGAUUUCGACGACGAAAUCUUUGGAGCAACAACUUGUAGGGAAAUCAGGAUUGAACAGGUAUACGAACCAAAGCAGUGCGAUUCCGAGGUGUGUACACAGUAACUCAGGAGUGAUACUGACGGUUAUUACGGACAAAGUAGAAAACGUUUUACUUACGUGACCGGCAUUCAUGUACAGUGUAAUUGUUUCUUGAACCAUUCGGAUAUUUAAUGUAUUAGAUGCUUCUCUCGUAACAAUGGUUUGCACCUAUUCUAUAGUGUCGUCGAUCUGCCACUGCGUAAAAGCAAAUCGUUACUAAACCAUUGGGACCAUCGUACCAUGUUAGAUCUUCACUAUGCAAAUCUGUAGGUUGCCAAUUCCAAUUCUGACUCUUCCCUAUGUUUUUGAGUACAAGCAACAUUCUAUUACAGAAGCUGCAGUCUGAUUUGUGACUACUUUUCACCUCUAAGCAGCCAAUUUUAACUUACUGCAGCCAAUGCGAAACGAACGUUCGACCAUUUUGUGGUAUAUCAACAGAAAUAACCCGCCUUUUUAGGUUUCUGCGUGGUAUACACUAAAACGGUUGUUCAACUCAGUGUCAGUGAAAGUGGUGGAUAUUUACCUUCACUUCAGUGAUAAAAACCCUCUUUAUCUCCAGAGAUCUGAUUAUUAAUUCUUCCCUCUAGCUGCUACCAUUUCCAUGUAAAUUAGUUAGGAGAAUCGAUGUUAGAUUAACAAAACAACUUCUACCUGCAAAGUUUGAGUAUUCUCUUUACCUGUUUGCCAGAUAAUAUAUGGACACUUUAAGGAGAAGUUACAUGUUAGUCACCUCUGGGAGUUAACGUAUUGAUUUUUAAUGUUUUAGGGAUAAGUGAUGUAAAUAUUUUGCUCUAAAAAUUUGACAGGCUGUGUGGGAGAAAUUCAAAAUGCAUUUUUUUAGCACUGCCCUCUGAUUUGUUAUGAGUAGAUGCAAUGAUUUUCUUUUGGAUGUUCCUUAUUGUAGUGGUUUAUGAAGUUCCAUGUGAAGGAUGAAACAGAGAGACAGAUUAUAAAGAAGUACCAGGGGGAUUUGUUUUUUCAGAAGCAUCAGUAUUCUGAAGCUCUCUCCGUGUAUCAAGAGUCUCUGCAGUGUUUGACACCAAAUAAUACAGUUCUAGAAUGGGAGUUAACAGAGUCUAUGGCUUUGUGCUUACUGAAACAAGAUAAGCCUGAUGAUGCCUUAUCUCUUGUCAGGGGGAUGAUGGUGAGUUGUUUAGUUUUGCUUCUGAUUAAAGGAAAAUUUAAAUUAAUCAGACCAUGUUAAAUAAGGAUUAUGCAGUUAGUAAAAAGUACUAUUCAUUAGCUAAGAAUUGUCAUUGGUACAUAAGGUAAGUAAAUGAGUACCAGUAAGAGGCUAACAAGUUUUAUGAACCUAGUUCAUGGCAGUUGUUGAUAGUUUAUGGAAAGCGUGAUAUGUACUUGCACAGCUUGCUUGUUUCUUUGGUGUUUUGCUUUUUUUUUUUAUCAAUGCCAUCUCUUGCUUCUGGCAGUCAUGUUUUCAGAGCUUUCUCUGCUUUUUAUUUAUUCUUCUUCCUUCAUUUGAGCAUGUUCAAACUGUGUGAUAGUUGAUUACAGGUGAUAAAAGUGUGAGAAAUGUGUUUCAUUUGUUAGUUAGAGUUAUCAACAUUUAUCAGGCUGCUUCAUCAAAGUGUUAGGUGAAGAGUAUCUGUGUCUGCAGGAAAAGUUAAGCACAUGAGAAUGAAAAAGGAAACAGUCUUUUUAUAAGUCUAUUUUCCUAGUUGUGCUCUUUAUCUCAGAGAUUCUUUUUGUAGAGGCCAGAGUUAAUUUGAUUUGUAAAAGUUUUCCCAAAUCAAAAUUAUUAUAAUUGUAACAUACUGCUAAACAAUUUUUCUAUUACGACUCCCAAACAGCAUGUCAACCAAGAAAAUGAAUCAUCAUACUGGUAUUUACUGUACCAAAUUUAUAGAGCCAUGGGAAAUAUUGAAGGUACUGGCUAAAGAUUUUGAGCUACAUCUGAAUAUGUCUAAAGAAAAGUACUUGUAAAUUAGCUGGACAGUUUUCCUUUAAUUUUCAAUGUUACAUUCAGUAGAAUUGCAGUCUGCAAUACCAUUUAUUUGUUUUUCAUUUGGUAGGCGAAAUAGAAACUCUUCAAAGAUGUGCAACCCUUCACUCCUGGAAUGCUCAGUUUUGGUUCUCUUUAGCUCUGGCAUAUGAAAAGGCAUCUGUUAGCUGCAGUAACCUGUGUCAGGAUGAAGAUGUAACAAAAGUUGAAAGGGAAAGAAUUUCUUUUAUGAAGCAUGAUCCGGCUAUAGAGAACUGCACAAAAAGGCAUUUAAAUGGAGAAAGUCAGUCUCAAGAAGGGUGUUGUAUGUGUACAACAAAAUGCCCGUGUCUUUCAACUAAAAAACAGAUACAAAGUUUGACACAAACAGAACCUUGCUGCCUGGAUGAAGAAAAGAUAAGAAAUCACUCGGCAAAUGUGGAUACUGGAGAGCAGGACUCCUCUGUUACUCAGUCAGAUAAAAAAACAGAACUUCAAGAUCAAUCUAUCUCAUGUCUGUGCAAAGGAUGUUCAGAUUUGCUUGCAGAUGGUAGUGAUCUCUAUUUGUUUUCAAGCAACAAAAAAUAUCUGCUGGAAGAAUGUGAAUGUACCAGGAAAAGAUUAAAGUGGAGGAAUCAUGCUCUUUCAUUUGGCUCUCUUGUUAAAACUAGGUAACAUCAUGGUUCGUCUUACUUGUCCAUUCAUUUCAUAUAAUUAUUGCAAAAUAGUUAACAAGAAUAUUCUGCUGAAUUUUGCCAAAAAUUAGGCUCUUCAAAAAUAAGUUCUAUGUGAGGUUUAUCAGUUGAUAAAUUAAUUGUAAACACGAGAGAUUGAAGAUGUUCUUUAAAUCUUGAUAACAUUGAAGAUGUACAUUUUUCUGUCUAUUUAGGUUCUUCCUUGAAAAAUCUGUAGAGUCGUCUUCAUCAAACUGGUCAAAAAAUCUGUUAGAUGGCUUCCAGUAGACUGACUUAAAGUGUUCUUUUGACCUGGGUUAAUUCAUUUCCCAAACUCUAAACAACUGUCUCAUUAACAGCCAGUAAUUUUUUUUGUGUUGUUUUUAGGAGAGCAGAUCAGAAACAAUGUCCACAGAAAGUGUCACAAAAUAAGUUCUAUGUGAGGUUUAUCAGUUGAUAAAUUAAUUGUAAACACGAGAGAUUGAAGAUGUUCUUUAAAUCUUGAUAACAUUGAAGAUGUACAUUUUUCUGUCUAUUUAGGUUCUUCCUUGAAAAAUCUGUAGAGUCGUCUUCAUCAUUUGCAAAGGAAAAAAGUAGCAUUCUUCUCAGAGAGGUUAACUGUAACUUUUAUUACACAAAUAUGAAAAUUCUAAACUGGUCAAAAAAUCUGUUAGAUGGCUUCCAGUAGACUGACUGCUGCUGUUAAGCAGAGAAUAAUGAUAUUGUUAACUCUUUAACCCUGAAGACAAAAUUUCUCAUUACAAUAUCAAGCAGACAAGGGAUGAGAAUAAUGAAAAUAUCAACUAAGAGAUUAUUAGUUGAUUAAAUACCAGAUUCUCUGAAUCAGUAUCACAAGAAUUAAAUGAUAUACAGUGAGGAGAAUUGCUAAGACAAUUAUUGGUCGGAGUGAAAGGGUUCAUUUAUCAGAGUUUUUAGAAGGUCAUUUUUAUGAGUUGCAAAGUGUGGUGGUUAUUUUGUGUGUGGUACAAGAGGUCUGUGAUAGGCCAUCAUUAUAAUUGAUAAUGAUUGACAAUAACUAGUAUAGAAAAACAUUUACCAGUAUAUUAGUAAGUCUUUGAGCUUUGAAUUAUUUAGUUUCUCAGAGCAUGACCAUUGAAGUAUGUUCUUACAUGAUAUUAUUAUUACCAGGUGAAUAGCAAGAUUGCAGGUCAUGCAGAAUGUGGUUGUGCCCACCUGAUUGAAAAAGUCUUGGAGGUAAAGUGGAACCUCUAAAUAUCAUCACUGUCAGGGCACAAUAACAUGCAGGGUUGUAAAAAUGGGUUGGUUAAAUUAAUUUCUUAAUUUGGUAAUGGCACAAUUUACAUUGGUUGUAUUAGUAAGGUAGCCAUCCUUUGAAAGUAAUUAAAGGAAGGUAGAAACAGUCAUGUAAUCUAAUCAAUAACAAAUGACAUUUUUGCACAAAUUGAACAUGUAAAUUUAUUGGUCUCUUUAAUGUCCUUGAUCAGAUCAAGAAGCCACUUUACUAUUUUGCCAUGCAAUAAGUUGAUUAAUUAUUUAUAACUCAUUUUUGUUUUGUUUCAAUUUAAUCAGAUGUUGUACAGUUCUGUCACUGCAAGUGGACAAACACAGUUAGACCAGGAACAGAGUGAAACAAAACUAAAGGUGGAAGUUUUGUCUUUGUAUUUUGAAAUUUUUUUGUAUAUGAGGAACUCUUAAAAAAAGUAAAAAAGAUUUUAGAACUUAACAUUUGUUUAAGACCUCUAAAUUGCAUAUAACUUUAGAAUUCAGCUCCAGAAUGAAAGAUUCUCUGAAUCUGUCCUGUACUAAGCUUCAAUUUGGGUUGUGAGUAUUAGGUUUAACAGGGGAAAUUAAAUUUCUAUUCCAUCUUGAUGAGCACUACUUUGAAAUAGUAGGCUGGAGGGUUUUUAAAGUGUUCUUUUGACCUGGGUUAAUUCAUUUCCCAAACUCUAAACAACUGUCUCAUUAACAGCCAGUAAUUUUUUUUGUGUUGUUUUUAGGAGAGCAGAUCAGAAACAAUGUCCACAGAAAGUGUCACAAA